AUGUCUACCAAACCGCGCUCCGCGAUCUCUGUUGAACAGAAGAAAGCACUACGAGCAUACAAGCGAGACAAUCCUACCAAAAGUAACAUUUCCAUCAGCAAUUGGUUUAAGAGCACCUUCCAGCGACCUAUCGCGCUUUCCUCCGUUUCCGAGAUCCUUUCAAAGAGAUACGCCUUCCUCGAUGAACAGCACCAGCGACAACUAGCCCAGCAACGUUUCCGACGUGAACAUUGGCCAGAGCUCGAGGACGUUUUAUUUCAGUGGAUACAGCAUGCAGAGCGACAUAUCACUAUAACCAGUGCUACACUCCGUGAGAAAGCAGAGUUCUUUUGGAAGAACUUGCCAAAUUAUGAAGACCUAGAGAUGCCUACUUUCAGUAACGGCUGGCUACAAGGCUUCCAGCAACGCCGCGGGAUCAAGAGCUUUAAGCAAUUUGGUGAGCUUGCUAGCGCAGCAAAUGCUGAAGAUGAGAUGAACUCUAUUCGACAAGCUCUAGCAGGGUUUCAGCCAUAG